CGUUCAGGGCGUGUCCCUCUAGGUGUGACUGUCUGGAGUGUGUGCCAUUAGAGGCUGGAACGGAGCAGAACAAAGCGGUCCGCCCACGCACAUUGGAACAAAUCGGAGAAAGGGACGGGUGACAAAUCAACUAAUAGCGAGAUCUAAGAACAGCUGUCAUUAUUUGAGCAAGAGAGCAACUCCAGGUGGACUUUCCUUGAGUCGCUCCGGGACAAAGUCCGACUGCCUGUACUCUAAAAUGACAAAGGUUCUCAUUUACCCUGUCUUGUCGCUGCUGAUCCUUUCCUGUGUGGAGUCAUGUUAUAUUCCUGACUCUCUCCACGUCGUUUCGCCACAAAACAUUCCAGUUGGAUACCAGAUCACAAAAGUUGAAGCUGUUGGCUGUGACCCCAAGACACUUCGUUUAACCGUGGAGGACCCUAGCUUUACGAUACAAAGCAAUGGGGUAAUAGUAGCACUAAGUCCUGUCUCUGUGGCAACCAGAGGGCGGACAUUUUCUGUGAGGGCUCAGGACAAUAGUGGGCCGGAAAGUGAGAUGGAAGUUCACCUUGUCUGCAGUACAAAGCAGGAAACAAAUGAAAAUGGCCAAGUAAUUUUGAAGCGCACAAAAAGACGCUGGAGUCCUCCCCCCAUCAACAUACUGGAGAAUGACAUAGGGCCUUUCCCGAAAUUCUUGGAAACGAUUGUUUCAGAUUCAGAAGCCAAUCACAAUGUGUACUACACCAUUGAAGGACCUGGUGUGAACCUGGACCCAUCUGGCAUUUUUAGCCUUGACAGUGCUAGUGGGGCUCUGAAAGUGCACAGAACAUUGGACCGAGAAAUGAUUGCACAGUAUACACUAAGGAUUAAUGCUUUGGACAAAGUAUCCCAUGAGCCAAGAGAUUUGCCUUUGGACAUUGUAGUAAAAGUGGACGAUGUAAAUGAUAAUGCGCCAGUGUUCCAAGGCAAGCUUGAGUUUUCUGUGCUUGAGCAAACCUUAGCUGAGGUGGUGGGGAAAGUGAAUGCCACAGACAAAGAUGAUCCCGAAACAGACCAUGUGAGGAUCAGAUACAAGCUCAUUAAUGGGUUGGAUUUUUUUGCCAUCAACGCAGAAACCGGUGUUAUCACCACAAUCUCUAAGAACCUGGACCGAGAGACAAAAGAUACGCAUUUGGUUACUAUAGAGAUCAGAGAUUUGAAGGGUGCACCAAUGGGUCUUUCUAACACUGCUACCGCAACAAUCACCUUGAAAGACAUCAACGACAACCCACCAACUUUCACCCAAAGUUCAUAUAAAACUACAGUUCCAGAGAAUGAGGGUGAAAAACUUCUCCUGAGAAUUCCCGUGAAAGACAAAGAUUUAAUAAACACACCCAACUGGAUUUCCAAAUUUGUCAUCACGAAAGGAAAUGAAAAUGGAAACUUCAGGAUUGACACUGAUCCCAAAACAAAUGAUGGGCUUCUUUAUGUUACAAAGCCCUUAGAUUAUGAGAAGACCAAGAAUGUAAUGCUUGAGAUUUCGGCCCAGAAUCAAGAAAAGUUGGUUGGAGCCAGUACCAACUGGAUGUCCAUCCCUGUGGAGGUUGCUGUCACCGACAUUGAUGAAGGCCCAGAAUUCCUUCCUCCUACUGUUCGCUACACUGUCAAAGAGAACAUACCAAAUGGCACAGUGAUUGGGACGUACAAAGCUACUGAUCCGGAGACCAAGAGCAGUGAUGGCAUAUUGUAUUACAAGGUGUCUGAUCCAGGAUCAUGGGUUGGAGUGAACAGCAAUACUGGAGAGCUGACAGUUACGAACACCAUUGACAGAGAGUCCCCUCUUGUCCAGGAUGGGAUUUACAACAUCACUGUAAAGGCUGUUGAUGCCACCUCCAAAUCAGGAACAGGAACAGUUAUCCUUGUCAUAGAGGAUGAAAAUGACAACAAGCCAACAAUCCCAAAUAAAUUGACGAUGUGUAAAAAACCGGAUGGCAGUCUGAAUUCCCUGGUGGUUGUGGCUCAAGACAAUGACCUCAGUCCAUUUUCCAGCCCCUUCAGCUAUUCCAUGCCAGCAAAACACGAUGGAAAUUGGGAUGUGUCUCCAUACAAUGGAACGGCGGCUCAGCUGAUGCAAAGGAAAGAACUUCCUCUAGGGUUUUACAAGGUCUCCUUCAUCGUAAAAGAUCUGCAGGGAAUUGGUGAUACUCAGACUACGACAGUAAGGAUCUGCCAAUGCAUGAACGGAGCAUGCAUAAAAAAAGGUCGCUCUAUCGAAUUGGGGCCACUGGGUAUCCUGACCUUGUUGCUGCCCCUGUUCCUCCUCCUGCUGCUCUGUUUACUGAUGUUCUCUUCUUGCACUACAAAGUCAGAGAAGGUUCCACUUGACGAUGAAGGAUUCAGUAGUGGAAUCCUCCUUCCAUCGAACACAGAGGCCCCCGGCGAUGAAGUGGAUUCCUCGGCUUUUACCAGCACUUCAUUUGAGCAGGCAGUAAAAGGUUCAGUCAAGGGCACUCUAAUGAGCCCUGGAUGGCUGGGAAACAAAAGCACAAGCACAAUUGGAGGCCAUAGUGUGCAUGAAAAUGGAUUCCAACAAUCCUUCGGUCUUAAUACAGUGAAUACUCAUAAUAUGUCCUCUAGCCAGUUUGAUCAGUACGGUCAGCAUGUUGAGAGUAAACAUCUAAGAAAUGGCAUGGAUUCUGAUCAAUACAUUAAGGACAAUGCUCUAUAUCGUACUUGGCUGACACAUGACCUUUAUCUGAAAAAGAAACUGGCCCACAUGGGAAGAGAGAGGGACGAACGCUAUGCCAGUGAUGUCAUGCACUCCUAUGACUACGAGGGGAACGAGUCCGUCCAUGGCUCCGUGGGAUGCUGCAGUGAGCAAGGCGACAAAGAAAAUCUCGACUUUUUGAACACACUUGGGCCAAAGUUCAAAACUCUUGGAGAAGUCUGUACAAAGAGAUGAAAAAAGAUAAUGAAGUGGUUUAGGUUUACUUUUCAUUGUACAAGAUUUAGAUGCCUGGGUUAUGAAUGCUUGGUAUGGUGCUGAAUGUUUAUCAUGUUAGUGUUUCAUUAUGACAUUUUGGAUUUUUUUUUCUUUUUUGGUAGAAGUCUUUUGCACUGUAAACAAAGCAGUUGUCAGUUUCAGACAAGCCAUGUGACGCUUUCCUUUGUGGUAAUUUCCUCCUAAAGCCUUGGUUAUGUUCAAAUUGAGAUGUAUAUGAAGAUAAUUUCAAGCUCAAUAUCUGUUUAUAAUGACUUGAUUGUUUAGCUUUUAUUAAUCUUGUGUUCACAGAGAAAAAUGUAUUUUUAUUGUCAGUUUUGUACCUAUAGUUUCUGAGGUAUUUUAUUCUAUUUUUGGCUGACAUUUCACACAGUGUUCUAUGUAUAAAACAAUUUUUUUUUAAAUACG